UUAUUUAUUUCCGAUUCAAAGAGUGACAAGGGCUUUUCUCGAAUUUGGACAAAAUGCUCGUUCUGAAAAAAUGAAGAGACCUCGAGAUUAGGAUGACCACAUGGGUUCGAAUCUCCAAUGUAGACAUCCCCCAUACCAUCACAUGAUCCCAGUGAACCUCACUUCCUCCUUUAAUUAUUUAUCCUUAGUGUUAUAUUGGGGUUCUCGUGUGCCGCGCUCCUAGAAAGCAGAGUCGCACUACCGUUAAUGGAGGCUCUGGCAACAGUAGCUCACCCUGCUUCUUCUACUCGUUUCUUUCCCAACACUGACACUGUCAAGAGGCCUCUUAAAUCUCCUGCAGUUUGUUGUUCCAGGAAUAGUGAAGAUGCUAACAACUUUCUUCCUGGAUCUUCACAUACAAAGUCAAAGGGCAAUGGCAUAGAUGCAGUUCAGACAUCAAUGGUUUCCCCAGAUAUAGAAUUGGGAGUAAAUCAUAACGAUAUCUGGCUGCUCUUCAAUGAAGCUCAACAAAAUAUUCUAUACCUAAAUAAACAGCGUCUUAUGGCAAUGGAGAAGCUUAACAAAAUUCAGAAGGAAAAAGAGUUGUUGCUUUCUAGAAUAAAACAGCUGGAGUCAGAAAAGAUGUCUGGCACGCUUGAUGGUACGACUACGGUCCCAAAGGAAAAAACCAAGCCAAAAGGGGACAAGCCAGUCAUUUUUGGUGAGCUGCUCUUGCGAAUUGAUUCAAUGGUCCUUUCUGGUGCUAUUAGCCAUGGGGAGGCAUCUGAUCUGAGAAGUAUGGUCAUGGAAGAUAAAGCCAUGCUGGCAGAUGCUUUUCAUGACUUGCAUAAAAAUGAUGGCGAGCUGCUCGUAUGUCUUCGGCGGUUUUAUGAUCAAAGCAGGCGAACGGGUUUGCACAUUGUACAAAUAUGCACUGAAUUAGAACCAGUUGCUUCAGUUGGAUCUUUGGCAACUUAUGUGACAGGCUUGUCUCGUGCACUGCAGAGAAAAGGCAAUACGGUGGAGGUUAUUUUACCCAAAUAUGCAAUACUAAAUUUGGAACAAGUACAUGGAUUCAGGAAAGCAGAAGCUGAAUUUCAUUCUUAUUUCUCUGGCCAGUGGCAUCCAAACAGGAUCUGGACUGGUAUUGUCCACGGCAUUGCAGUGACGUUCAUUGAACCUAUACACCUUGCUGCAUUUUUUUCCAGAGAAGGUAUAUAUGGCUACUCUGAUGACCUUGAGCGAUUCACCUAUUUCUCUCGCGCUGCGCUGGAUUAUAUAGUGAAAUCGAAAAAGAAACCAGACAUUUUUCACAUACAUGGUUGGCAAACAUCUGUCAUUGGGCCACUUUUUUGGGACUUCUUUGUCAAUCAGGGAUUGGAAACUACAAGAUUGUUGUUGACAUGCCAUGGUUUUGAUUCUCAGUGUGUUGAGCGGCCUGAAAAAUUAGCAUUGUGUGGAUUAGAUCCUCCUCAGCUGCAUCGUUCAGAUAGAUUGCAAGAUAAUAGUGGCAAUCAUCUCGUCAAUCUUUUGAAGGGUGGAGUUGUAUACUCUAAUAAGGUGGCCAUUGUUUCGUCUCUCCAUUCAAAAGAUGCUGUAAUUGAAAGCAUGUCUUAUGGCUUAGAAACUACAUUAGCAAUACAUAGGGAGAAAGUGUUGGUUAUCCCUUAUGGAUUUGAUGACACAAAAUGGGAUCCUUCAAAAGACAAUUUCCUUCCAGUGAACUACUCAUCAGAAGAUCCCAAAGGGAAGGCUACUUGCAGGACCGCACUUAGGCAACGCCUUAGAUUUGUGGACCAAACAUCUGCUGCAAUGGUUGGGUGCAUAUAUACAGAAGUUUCGGAAAUAGAUGUGGAAAAUCUGAAAGCAGUUGUUUGUCUUGCAUUGGGAAAGGGAGCUCAGUUCAUCUUUUUGGGAUCUAGUACAACACCAGAGGUAGAAGCUGCACUUGAAUCACUUCGUAAAGAACUCAAGGACCAAAAUGUGAGAUUUAUAAACAAAUACAACGAGGCCUUGUCACACUUGGUAAUUGCAGGCUCAGAUAUCCUCUUGUGUGCUUCAUUUCAUGAUCCCAAGCUGCAUUUACCUCUCAAGGCAAUCAAGUAUGGCACCAUUCCUGUGGCAGUAAAUCCCAAUGAAAGCAGAUUAGUAAGACAUGCUGAGGGGCAGGAGUUUGGGAGCACAAAGUCUUCGCGCAUCCUAUCAAUGUUUGCAAACGUGUCUUUGAGCCAAGCCCUAGAUGAUAUGAAGUAUGACGGUAUCGGUUGGAGCAAGAAGAUCAAGGAUGCCAUGUCAGAAGACUUAUCGUGGGAUUCUGAAUGCUGUGACAUGUAUAUGGAUGCCUAUAUGUCCAUGAAAAACCUAUGAAUAGGAUGUAUUUAUGUUCUUAAUGUAUGUAUGUGAAUAUCGUAUGUACUAUGGUUAUUGGUAUUUAUGUAAUAUAAAUUAAGGUUUUUGUAAUUUUUUUGCCUAGAUGGUGUACA